CUUCCACCAGCGGCUCGGUGGCAUAAUUGUGACGUCAAACCUCACGGCUCCCUCGGGUCGCGUCGACGAUUCUGUUUGCGGAUCGGAUUGUUCGGAUUAUCCUCAACCGUAGCAUCGGAUAUCAAUGUAACCAUAUAGCUGCCCAAAGCUGGUCUUUUGCCCCAAACUUUUCUAACGCCGCCACACCGUCUUCCCAUCCAGAUCCCCGGUACUGCCGCAUCGAGACUCACCAUGGAGUUCCAGGCACCAAGACGAGCGUCGUCCAUCUAUAUGCGGCGAAAGUCCAUUAUUGCCCAAGAGCAGGGAUCUGUUGACCUCGCCCUCACGGUAGGGCAAUCCGGCAGAGGUGCAAGACCUGUGCUCGCGCUAACGAGCCCCAGACGCUGUAUCUAGGCAUCUCUGCUGCGCGCCUCGAGAAUGGCACUGCUGAGGUGGCACUGGCAAUUCGAGACAUCACGUACCUCCUUGACUAUGACGUGAUCCACGUCGAGCUGAAAGACGACCGCGAUGCCAUCACCCAGUGCAUCUUGGAGCAUGUCGAAGCAUACGAGCACGAAAACACAGCCAAAUUCAUCGGUGCUGCCCUCCCGAACAAUAUGCUGGAGCUAACGCCAACGCUCUGCUCUCGCCUCUGGCUUGAACUCGAUAUUGUUCCUCUUGCACUUCCUGCCGAGAGCCAGCACAACAAAGAGUUAUGGGAAGCCAAGCUCAUCGACGAACAGGCAGAUUCCAUGGCCCGCAGAUGUAUUGUACACUUUGGGCCCUCCAUGGCGCCGAUCCUGCAAGUAGGCUGGCACGGUGAGGUACAAGUUGCUGCAGGUAACAGGGUUCGCCUCAACACGGCUCAGGACUACAUGGGGACAUGUUCCGACGUGUCGUGGGAAGCCGUGUCUGCGUAUGCCGAAAAGCUGCGCAAAAAAGGCACCAAGGUUGCCUUCUUCAGUGCCACGCCUCAGGGUGGCGGUGUAGCGCUCAUGCGUCACGCUCUCGUUCGCUUCUCACGACUUCUCGGGGUGGAUGUGAAGUGGUAUGUCCCAAAGCCGAGAAAGAGCGUGUUCCGGGUGACCAAGAACAUGCACAAUAUUCUCCAAGGCGUUGCUCCACCGGAUCAGCGGAUUCCCCCCCAAGACAGGGCCGCAAUCAUUGACUGGAUCACCGACAAUGCAGAGCGAUACUGGUUUCGCGACGGUGGGCCACUGCUCCCGCCGGAGCAGGGCGGUGCCGAUGUCAUCAUUAUUGACGAUCCGCAAAUGAUUGGGCUCAUCCCAAUGAUUAAAAACUCGUCGUCAAGCCGGCCGGUGCUUUUCCGUUCCCACAUUCAGGUUCGGAGUGAUUUGAUUGCGACUCCCGGAUCGCCGCAGGCCGAGGCAUGGGACUUUAUCUGGAGCCACAUCAAAGAUGCCGACGUCUUCAUUAGCCACCCCAUCCCAGCAUUCGUCCCCCACACGGUGCCGCGCGAAAAGGUCAUGUAUCUGCCGGCAACCAGCGACUGGCUGGACGGGUUGAACAAGGACUUGAAUGCGUGGGACACGGGCUAUUACAUGCACAACUACAAUACUCAAUGCCAUGCUCAGGGCAUGACCGAGUUGCAUUGGCCCAGUCGCAAAUACAUCAUACAAGUAGCGCGUUUCGACCCGGCAAAGGGCAUCCCCACAGUCAUAGAUGCCUACGCCGAGUUUCGCCGCCGUUACAAGGCUUCGGGCGGAGAGGAUCCGCCACAGCUCGUCAUUUGCGGGAACGGCUCUGUUGACGACCCGGAUGGCACAAUCAUCUACGAUGAGUGCAUGAGCAAGAUUGAAAACGAGUACCCUGACCUGCUCGACGACACGAGCGUCAUGCGCCUUGACCCGAACGACCAGAUGCUCAACGUUCUCAUUGCCAACGCCCACGUCGUGUUGCAGCUGUCAACGCGUGAGGGCUUCGAGAUCAAGGUGUCGGAAGCGCUGCAUGCCAGCCGGCCUGUGAUCGCGACCUUGGCAGGAGGUAUCCCGCUGCAAGUGAAAGACAAAGUCAAUGGUUUCCUGGUUCAGCCGGGCGACUGGAAGGCUGUCGCCGACCACCUUAUUGAACUCUUCACGAAUGACAGCCUGCACAGCCAAAUGGCCAUCGCAGCCAGGAUGGGAAUCAGCGAUGAGGUAGGCACGGUAGGCAAUGCUCUCGCCUGGUACUUUCUCGCAAGCCAGUUCUCCGACGCUCCGAUCAACGGCAACGAGCGGUGGGUAAACGACCUCGCACGAGGCGGCGUGGCCAAGCCGUACAGUAAUGAUGAGAACCGCUUGCCCAGAAGCUUCACUGCUAGUGGUCGGGUAUAGUCGGCAUUUGCUUCUGCCAGUGCAUAAUCAUGCUUUUGGCCUGUAGGAGGUACCUGCGCUUCAUCAGCUUCUCGACGCACACGCUUUGGGCGAGCAUGCACGUAGCUGGUCUGUCAGCUGCAUUCUACAGUAAUAUUUUUAUCGAAUAAUUAUUAGACACAUUGUGUGUAAGGCACGCAUUGUGUCACGUAAUAAGCUAUGAGGAGCCCAGGUGCCCCUAUUUGAAAGGUCACGGCACUUCGUUGUACAAUCGAAAGGCACUGUUGCAUCAGCCAAACAGUAUCGCAAUUGUGGACACCUCUCAUUAGGGAGUAUGGGGCAUUUCAACUAAAUUGGAGAACAUUUCCUUCUUUAGCGGUGCGCUCAGGGGCGCCUCUCGCGCUUUCGCCCAUGGGAGAACCUCCUCUGGAUCCCUGCAUUGAUGCCAAGUGUUGAAGUCUGGAUAUGCCACCGGGUUGCCUUGAACCCAAUGAAAGGUUAUGAGGCCCGUAUCACCCUGACAGCU